GUAAACAUUGAAUUUCCGACACCAGUUUCGUAUUUUAUUAACUUUAAUUGACGAUUUGGAAUGCAAAUAACGAGAAAAGUGCUUCACUUCCUCAAUCUACCUCAUAAAUAUUCGCAUGUAAAUAAGCUGAACGUGAUAUUAAGACGAAAAAUGACCACAAAUAACGAUCGAAUUGUUGCUGUGGCAAGUAUGUUAAGCACGAGUGAUAAAAAACACAAUUUGACGCAAAUUGAAAGUAUAAUUGACAAGGCGAAGAAGGGAAAUGCCAAAUUUGUCUUCUUUCCCGAAUGCUGUGACUACGUCGGCGAGAAUCGGUAUCAAACAAUCGAGCUGGCGGAAAGUUUUGACGGUCCCAUGGUUCAAAAGUACAAAGAACUUGCCGAAAAAAAUAAUCUCUUCCUCUCCUUUGGGGGCAUUCACGAGGCAAUUUUCGACGAAAAAGGCGAAAAAACGAAUCGUGUCCAUAACACGCACAUUUUAAUCGACCCAAGUGGAAAAAUUAUCGGAAAAUAUCGAAAACUUCACAUGUUCAAUGUCGAUACGCCUGAAUUCAAGUAUCGCGAAUCGGAAAUUGCCAAGCCCGGACAACAAAUAACGCCGCCAAUUGCAACUCCAAUCGGAAAUGUUGGUCUUCAAAUUUGUUACGACCUGAGAUUCCCGGAAGUUUCGACUUUUUUGCGGAAACAAGGCGCCUCCAUUUUGACAUAUCCCUCCGCCUUUUCAGUUUCUACCGGAAAAGCGCAUUGGGAGGUGUUGCUCCGAAGUCGCGCAAUCGAGAAUCAGUGUUACGUGAUUGCCGCCGCCCAAAAUGGCGCUCACAACAAAAAACGGAGCAGUUAUGGACAUGCCUUGAUAGUGGAUCCAUGGGGUAAAGUCGUAGCUGAAUGUGAUCAAGAAACUGUUCCGGAUGUGGCUUUUGCGGAAAUUGAUCCAAAUAAACUCGAAUCGGUGAGAAAUAACAUGCCUUGCUUCGAACAUCGCCGAGAUGACAUUUACGCAAUAAAAUCUGUGACAGGAAGCACCGAAAUUCAAAAAGAUUUCAUGUUUGGCCCACAUAAAGUCCCAAAAGAGACAAUUUUCUACGAAUCCGCUCACAGUGUCGCCUUUACGAAUAUUCGGUGUGUUGUUCCGGGACACGUUCUUGUCGCUUCCAAAUCCGCGAAAAAACUUUUGGGAGACUUGACACCCGAAGAAGCGGCGGAUUUCUUCGAAACUGUGACAAAAGUGGAAAAAGUUUCGUUAAAAGUUCAUGAAACGGCGUCUUCUACGGUAAAUGUUCAAAAUGGAGAAUUUUCGGGACAGACAGUUGCUCAUGUGCAUUGUCACAUUUUGCCACGAAGAAAGGGAGAUUUUGAGUUUAAUGACGAGAUUUACAUUGAAUUGGCGAAACAUGAUGAUCCGAAGAGGGAAUUGGAAGCAAGAAGGUCGUUGGAAGAAAUGACUGCCGAAGCAACGUUACUCAGACAAGUUUUCCAAGAGAUGUACGAAUUAUAGGAUUAAAAG